AACCAAACUUGAUGAGCUCCGAAGAAGCUGCUAUUUCGUUUUCGCCUCUGAUUGGAUUAGAUUGCUGUCAGUCAAUCUUAGUACCGCCCCCUGAAAUGGCAGCAGGGUUGCGCCUACUGUAAAUAAUCGAUGAGGAAGAUCAGCUUUCUGUAUUAAGCAUAAUGUUGACUUUAUGAAUCAUCCACACUAACAUAUUCAGCCUACCAUGAGUACAGUGGGAGAAAAUCAGCUGCAGAGAAUAAUCAGAGAUCUGCAUGAUGCAGUUUCUGAGUUGAGCAAAGAACAUUGUGAUACUGGCGAACCCAUCACUGAUGACAGCUCCAGCCUUCACAAGUUCUGCUAUAAGCUGGAGUACCUACUGCAGUUUGACCAGAAAGAGAGGACCACAUUUCUGGGCAGCAGGAAAGACUACUGGGACUAUUUCUGUGACUGCUUGGCCAAGAUUAAAGGAGCUAAUGACGGCAUUCGCUUUGUCAAAUCAAUCCCCGAGCUGAAGACAUCAUUAGGAAAAGGACGGGCUUUCAUUCGCUACAGUCUGGUGCACCAAAGGCUGGCAGACACUCUUCAGCAAUGUCUUAUGAACUACAAAACCACAUGUGAGUGGUAUUAUGAACGCAGUCCCUUCCUAAAGUCCCAUCUGAACACUGAUAUCAUAAACCACCUGUAUGAACUCAAUGAGGUCCAGUUUGAUGUAGCAUCCCGAGGUCACGACCUUGACUCUGACUGGCCCACUUUUGCAAGAAAGACUCUGGGAUCAGCUAUCUCACCCGCCCAUGCAUGGAAACCACCCAGUCGCUGUUCUAGUGUCAACAGUCUGGUUGGCACUUACUCACAGCAAGGUCAAGAGUUUCUUCCAGGCCAAGAUUUUGGCUCUAGUCUUCUAGGUGAUCUCGGGGAAUUAGGUGAGUUGUCCUGUAGUGCUUCUGAGGACCUGCGCAUUGAGCUCGACCAGUCAGAGUUGAAACAACGAGAGCUCCAAGAGAAGAUCAGGCAACUCACCAGUGAAGCAGCUGAUCUGAAGGGCGUGGUCAAAGAUCUACAGGAGCAACUCUUGGCUCAAGGUCCUAAUCAAGAGAAAAAAGAAGAUCAGGAGGUGGUUAAAACUGUUAGAGAGUGCGCGGAUCGCCUCCAUACCACCACACAGGGACUGGAGGCUCUACGGACAUCAGAGCGCAACCUAGAAGCCAAGCUGAGCAUUGCAGAGAACAGAAACAUGGAGUUGCUAGCAAAACUCGACGGAGCUCUGAGCGAAAAAGGACAGCAGGCCGCCAACUACUGUGACUCGGCCUGGACGAUCCAAGAGCUCCUGACCAAGUUAAAGGAGGCAGAGGAAGAGAGGAUUGAGUUUAAACGAGAAAGCGAAGAUCGGGCGAGACUAGCUGAGCAACUUGCCCAGGAGCUGAAGCUUCAAGAAGAGAAACUAAAGGAGAUGGAAAACAAACUGGACACUUGUAGAGUGUCUGUUGACAAAGAACGAACAACCGCAAUGCAGCAGGCUGAUGAGCUGCAGAUGACCAUCAACCGCCUUCAAGGAGCACUUUCUCUGAAGGAGCGGGAAACGGGGAACCUACGGACUCAGCUGCAGGACAUGCAGAGAGCACUGGAGACCAAGGACGGUCAACUGGAGGAGCACAAGAAAAGGAUAGAAGAGGAGCUACAACAUAAAAGUGUGCUUAAAGAACAACUAAAUGCAAAGGAGACUGAGUUGUCCACCGUUACCCAAAAGAUCCGGCAACUGGAGAAUCUCAACCAGCGGUUGACUUCGGAGAGUCAGAGCUUCCAAACGCAAGGCAAGAAACUGGAAGAGUACAAGAACCAGUGCACAAGUUUAAUGGAGAUCAAUGCCAAGCUGAUCCAAACAGUGAAGAGAAAUGAAGAGAGCAGCAAGGAGCUGGCGCAAGCCAAGAACACUCUAGAAAGAAAACUGAUUACCACACAAGCCUCUGAGAAGCAACUGAGAACCAGAUUAGAGUCAGCUGGACUGACAGUGGAGAACCAAAAUCUUGAGGAGUGCAUACAGAAUGGCCAGAAGAACAGCGAGGAAACCAAAAUCGAACAACUUGGAGAGAAUAGUAUAUUAACCCUGGAAGAACUAAAUGAGAGAGCUGCAGAGAACAAGACGGUGACUUCUAGUCUCCUUCGGGAGGCUAAUGGAUCCUCAAGAACUGAUAAUGGAGAAUCCACUUCUAGGUUGGCUCUGGCUGAGGCCCAACUUGAACUCAACAUGAAGGAGGUUUCCAGACUCCAGGAAGAGGUCAUGGAGCUCCGGGCACAGCUAUUGGUGAGCUCAGAGGAGAAAAUAAAGAUCCAGGCUCUGCAGGAAGUGACGGAAGCCUCCAGAGAAGAUCUCCGGGCUCAGGCGGAGCAACUAAAGUCGCAGGUGGAAGAGCUAAACCGCAGGCAUGUGGAGGAACUGCUGCAUUGUCGAGAAAGAGAGGACGCUCUGGUAAAGGAGAGGGAUAUGGAGGCACAUGUGCGGGCGGAAAUCCAAACAAACCUGACUGCCGUGAGGGAAGAGCUUCACGUGUUGAAGACGCAGAACAGCACACUUGCACUUGAGAACGGAGAGGCUCGUGAGGCCUUAAACAGGGCCAACACUGAGACAGCAGAGCUUGGGGUUCACGUUUGCAUGCUGACAGGACAGAACGAGGAGUCUCAGUUGCGAUGGGCAGAGCUUUCUACCAAACUGCAGGAGCUACAGAUGGAGGCGCAGGAAGAGGUGGAAACUCUAAGUGAUUCAAUGGAGGCCUUGAGAAAAGAUAAUGCAAGACUCCAGGAGCAGCUAAAGCAGACUGAAGGACUCCCAGAAGCCAUGCAGAAGUUGCAGGAGAGACUUGAACAGGUGGAAGACGAAGCCAAAAGCGUCCAAGAGAUCCGACAAAGGGAAGUGGACACACUGAGGUCCCAGUUGAGCGAUGAAGCUGCGCACCAUCAAAGUCAAGUGGAGGGUCUGAAUGAUGAACUGGAUGCACUGAGGAAGAGGCUGGAGAAUGAAGUUGAGAAAGUCUCAAGUCUUGAGUCCAAAGUUUUGGAGCUUGAGUCUGCCAACAGUGAUUACAGUCAGAUGAUCGAAAAGAAAAAUGCCCUCAUCUGUGAUUCUGAAACUAUAAUUAAUCAGAAAGAGGAACAGAUAAAAAGCCUUAGAUUGGACUUAACAAGAGCUGAGGAGGAACUGGCUCUUACUCAGCAAUCCUGUAAUGAACUGGGUGUAGACUUAAGCAGAAGUGCGAUGGAGAAGCAAGCCAUUGAACUGAAGAUGUCUGCUGAGAUAGAUGACCUUUAUCGUACCAAAAAGAAUCUUGAAGAGAGGCUCAUUGAGCUCAUAAGGGACAAAGAUGCUUUAUGGCAGAAGUCUGAUGCACUGGAGUUUGAACAGAAACGGAGGGCCGAGGAACAGACAGACAGAGACGUCACAUACUGUCUGAGCUGCCACAACCAUUUCACCUGGAUGCUGCGCAAACAUAGCUGCAGGUUCUGUGGGCGCCCAUUCUGUUACUACUGCCUUGUUAAUGAUGCAAGCGUCCACCAGGGCGGGAGCAACAUGCGCUGUUGUAAGGACUGCCUUAAUCAGCGCAGUUCUGGACAUGGGGACCUGGGCAGUCCUUUACGUUCAGCCCACAGCCCAAUAUCAAGCCCCACACGAACCAGCACACCUGGUUUCCCAGGGGCAUUGAGAUCCCCUCGGCCUGAUGACACAGCUUAUGCCAUCAUCACAGAAGAGGAAGUGAACUGUGUCCAUGACAGCGAUUCCUUAUACUACACUGCUGUGCUUCCCUCAGAGACACAACAGCUAAGCAGCAGUGACCUCAACAGCACUGAAGAUUCAGACGAGCUGAUUGGCUCCGUUCAGGAUGCUGAGAUCUGCCUGUUAAAAUCUGGAGAGAUGACGCUGUACUGUGCCGUUCAGUGUGGAGGACGUGGUUCAGUUUGGCGAUAAGUCCAGAGAACGGUU